AUGUCUGAAGAAGAGAGUGGGCAUGUUGAACAGCAUGCUGAAGCUGCAGAGGGUGACCCUGCAAUUUUUGCGAAGCCAGUGUCCAUUGCCUACAAGUUGGAGCUGACCUACAAUGGUGGUAAAGCUGUUUCCAUCCCAGCUGACUUUGUGGUGAAGGACAUUGACAAAAAUGAAGUGAAGUAUUUGAAGGUUCAAGGCAGUGCUGUGUGGCUAUCCAGGUUGGUUUGCCAUUGCUCCAGCAAAAGCGCUUCCAUUGCCAAUGGGACCAAGCUGGCUGAACUCAAGAAGAAAAGGAAUGACAAGCUUGCACCAGCUGAUGAUGAAGCCCCUCCUGAGAAGAAAAUCAAAGGUGAGCAGGUGGUAAGCAUCCAAGUUGGCAACUCUCAAGUUAGCAUUUUGUGCCCUGCAAAGAGGGCCCAAUCUGCAGAUCUCUUGGUGCUGCUGCAUGUUGACCACCUGGCCCCAAUUUUCAAUGCUUUAUCUGCUGACUGUACAGGAGAUGAUUCGAAAAGGCACUACCACAAAAGUGGUAAGUUUGCCAAGCCUGUGCUGAAAGAUUAG